CAACUCUCGCGAUACUUUGAAACGCAUGGCCGCCCCACAGUGUUUACAACUUCUCGCAAUGAACUGCUGAAUAGAAACCACAAAAGUGCCCGAAGUAGAAGGACGUGGAGUAUUUCCGUGUAUCAUUCGUGCUCUCCGGCUUCAGGUGAAACUUUAACACCAUCGAGGAGAGAAAGUUUGCAGCUAAAUCUCGAGAAAAAACACCAAAAGGCCAGGAAAGCCACAACACAGGCUAGUCGGUGCUGUGAUGUCCUCGACCCCCAGCAGACUCAAACACCCACUCUGCAGGAAGAAGCACUAUCCUAGUAGCACCUACCUCACCCACGUCUGACAGCCAACCACACCAGGACAAAAGGACUUUUAAGCACUUUGACAGGAGAGAUUGAUAAACAAAGAGAGAUGUCUGACACAGCUGGAGGUGGUGAAAGCGGUGGUGUGGUGCAAGAAGCAGAGGCGGAUAAUGAGCCCCCUCUUCAGGUGCCACCUUUGCUCGAAGGUGACGGCUUGGAUGUAGGGGAGACCUCAGAGGAAGGGGUGCCUCCGUCUGCCAAGCGGCCCAGAGUGAAAGAGGAGGAACCGGUACCGGAGCAGGUUGCAAAGCCUGUCAAGAUGCACGGAGAAACACCAGCACAGGCUGUCUCGCUGCAGGAAGACCCAGCCCCACCAGCACAAAGAACAGGAGAACCACUACAAUGUGAGGACGGACCGGUAGAGGAAGAGGUGCCCGUCAGUGUGGGAGGUGAAGAAGAAUGCCAUCAGAAUGGAGACCGAGGCCACGACGCCCCCUUAGAAGAAGGAGAGGCGAAACCAGAGGAGGAGCACAACGGUAGCGAAUCCGCAGACAGCCCCAGUGAAGGACAGCGCCUUGGCCUAGAUUUUACCCAGAACCCUCAAAUGCUGACUGGUUCCUGUACCGAGUACUCCAACCUUCCAGAGAAUUACCUCAAAGGCUGCAAAUGGGCCCCUGAUGGUUCCUGUAUCCUGACCAACAGUGCAGACAAUGUGCUCCGCGUGUACAACAUCCCUCCAGAGAUUUACAGCUACAACUGGGACUGUCUUCCUGAGAUGAGUCCAGUGCUGAGGAUGGCAGAGGGAGACACCAUCUACGACUACUGCUGGUACCCCAAGAUGAACUCUCUGGACGCGGACACAUGCUUUCUAGCCAGCAGCAGCCGCGACAACCCAGUCCACGUGUGGGACGCAUUUUACGGGGAGGUGCGAGCCAGUUUCCGACCCUACAAUCACCUGGAUGAGCUGACGGCAGCCCACUCCCUCUGCUUCUCGCCCGACGGAACGCAGCUCUACUGCGGCUUCGACAAAACCGUCAGGGUCUUCUACACCGAUCGUCCCGGAAGAGACUGCGAGGAGCGGCCCACCGUAGUUAAGAAGCAGGGCCAAAGUGGCAUCAUCUCCUGCUUUGGCUUCAGCCCGUGCCAGUCUGUUUACGCCUGUGGCUCUUACUCCCGCUGCGCUGGCCUCUACUCCUGCCAAGACGGCACCCUGCUGGCUCUGCUGCCGACCCGCCACCACGGAGGCCUCACCCAUCUGCUCUUCUCCCCCGACGGCAACUACCUGUACACCGGCGGGCGCAAGGAUCCAGAAAUCCUGUGCUGGGACCUAAGAGAGCCGGACAAGGUUGUGUUUUCACUUAAGAGAAACGUGGCCACGAACCAACGCAUCUACUUUGAUCUGGACCUGUCAGGCAGGUACCUGCUGAGCGGCGACACAGAGGGAGUGGUGUCGGUUUGGGACACCCAGACAGCUCCUCCUGAUGGUAACGAGGAGCUACUGCAACCUCAGCUCAGGUUCCCGGCCCAUUGGGACUGCACCAACGGCAUCAGUAUUCAUCCCUUCAUGCCGCUGUUGGCGACAUCCAGUGGGCAGCGCCAGUUCCCGGGGCCCGGCGACAGCGAGGGCGACUCCGCCUCCGAGGGCGAGGGAGGCGAAGCCGUGAUGCCACCUCAGGAGACCCGACAAGACAACGCCCUGAGCCUGUGGUGGGCCGGUCCGCUCGGCCCGGCCGCCGAGGAGAGCCAAGAAGAGCAGAGUACAGAGGUGGUGGCGGCGGAGGCCUGAAGCUCCGUUAGAUCAGCCGGCUGACACAAAUUGAGUUACACCUGCCAUGUGAUAUUUAUUUUAGGAACGUCUGAUUCGGAUAAAGCUAAUUAUGAGUCAGUCUUUUUCACAUCAGCAAAUCCAGAGGUGGGAAUACCAUUUUCUUGAUCAUUUUUUAAACAUCUGGUUACCAUAAACAUUUACAGUCCAAAUAAAUUUGAGUCUUAACAUAUCAUCUGCAAGUUUACAACAUUUACUGACACACUUGCAGAGUUCAAAUUAAACGAUUAUAAAACAUUUGACAUCAGGUCAGUGUAGAACACAUUAUCAGGGUUCUGUGUUUAUUGUUUUAACGCCAAUUCGGUAAAUAAGAAUAGGAACUAAUUUAUAUGCCAAAACUGGUUAACCUUAAAAGCAAGGAGUUUUUUUUUUUAAGCCUUACUCGGGUUGAGACAAGAUACAGAUUGGAUUAGGACCUAAAAUCAAUUUUUGUUAUAUAAUUAUUAUUAUUUUUAAACCAGACAAGAUUAAAUAUGAUUCCUUAUGGCAAAUGUGCUUCCUGAAUUGGAUGAAUUCGGUUGAUUCGAAAGGCCUCGACUGGCGUGAAGCAGCCCGGCGUCCGUCUACUGAUCGCCCCUCUGAUCUGCGUUGUAUCCGUGGGAGUGUUUGUUUACGUGUGUGUGGCUGUAAUGCUGCCCUGGAGAUUCCUAACUGCUAUAGUUACAGUUAAGUGCCAUUUGUUCUCGAGCUUUGCUUUUGUAAAACCGAUAGGGAUCUCCUGUUUUUACCUUCUUUUUUAAACUACCGGACGCACGCAAAGUGUUGCGUCGCUCCGUGCAUGCCCACAAAUGUAUAUUUUUGUAAAGCCAUGAUGAUCAUUCUGAUUUUUCGAAUGUAUACUCCGUAUGCAGCUAGCUUGAUUACUGUAACCUCAUGACGGUCUGUGAAGUCUUUAAGUAGUGGGUGCACCUGGAAAAAACGAGCGAUGUCUAUUCUUUGUUUUUACAGAUUGGACUCGGAUUACAUGUGUACCUGUGUGAGCGGUGAUGUGGCGGCACAUUGUGUUUGUAUUAAUAAUGUACUGCGGUGAUUUGCUCAAUGCUUAUGUUGCCAUCAGUGGGGUGUUCUUUGCUUUAGGGGUUUCUUUGCAGAGGAAGCACAGCAUGCUCCAACCAAAAGCCUUGUAUCUUUAGACACUGAGGAAUCGAUCUCCAGGUUUCACUUCUUGGAAGUCAAAUUUGUUGCCAAGCAAUAGUAGCUACGAUAGCUGCUGUUAUACAAUACUACACAGAUUUGCUCUACCAGGAAGCUUUAGGAACCACGUAGGCCUUGGUGAUGAGACACAAGUCUCUAGAUAGAUGGCUGUGUCUGCGACAGGUGGCUUUCUGGUGGUUUUAUUCAAGCUGCAGUGAAUUAAAAGCAUAUCUCUUCACAUUCU